AUGAGUGCGGAUCCAGCUCCUCCCCAAUGCCCGCCUGGCCCCCAAGCACCCAACUCUAGGGACCCUUCUCCAAUGCCUGAGGUUUACGGGCCCCGAGGAAAUCCUGCAUCCUUGCCAAUGUCCUCUGCUGAGACGCCCCACGCGGAGACCGUCUCUCCUCUUCCUUCCUCCAUGGAUCUGCUUACUCAGGACAGCCCGGAUUCUUCCACCAGUCCGCGGGUAAAACUCCCACCCACCUCUGGAGAGGAGAGAACAGCGAGGAAGGAAGAUGCGACCCAGGGCAAGAAACAGAAGAUGAGGACGGUGUUCUCUCAGACCCAGCUGUAUGUUCUCAAUGAUCGAUUUCAGAGACAGAAAUACCUCAGUCUCCAGCAGAUGCAAGAACUUUCCAACAUUCUGAACCUCAGCUAUAAGCAGGUUAAAACCUGGUUCCAGAACCAGAGGAUGAAAAGCAAGAGGUGGCAGAAAAGCAACUGGCCAAAGGAGAGCAACAGUGUGACUCAGAACAGCUCUGCCACCACGGAAUAUGCAGGCUUCUACCCCUGUCGCCAGGGGUACCUGCUGAACCCUUCUGGAAACCUCCCACUGUGGAGCAGCCAGGCCUGGAAUAACCCGAAUUGGAGCAGCCAGACCUGGAACAGCCAAUCCUGGAGCAGCCACUCCUGGAACAGUCAGACCUGGUGCCCUCAAGCCUGGAACAACCAGGCCUGGAACAAUCCGCUCCACAACUGUGAAGAGGAAUCGCUGCAGCCCCCAAUCCAGUUCCAGCAAAAUUCUAUGGGUGAUCUGGAGUCCAUCUUCGAAACUGCUGGGGAAAGCCAUGGUGUCCUACAGCAAUCCACUAAGUAUUUUAGUACUCCGCAAAUAAUGGAUUUUUUCCCAAAUUACUCUGAACAUUCAACCUGAAGAUGUGUAAUGAUAAGUAUAUUAUUCGAUCUCAAUUUGGGCACUAUUAUUUCUGAUAGGAUUUGUCUUUUAGGGUCCUACAGCUCUGCCUCGAUAGUGUCCCAUUAUGCUUAUUGUAUCCAUUGAGGGGAUAGGAUUGGAGUCAAAGGUUUCAGUAGCGUUGGCUGCUAUGGACAACAUGAUAAGAUGUUUCUGGCUAUAGAUAACUAGAUGUAAUACUAAUUCAGGUAUCUUUAGGCUGUAGAUUCUAUCAAGAAAAGGAAGUAAAAAUACAAAGACCUGUGAUAAAGGAUAAUUGUAUUUUCUGAGAUUGUGAGUCUUGUUUUCAUCACCUCAAUUAACGGUGAAGGGUUAAGCUAUAUACAAUAUGCUUCAUUGGUUUCCUCUGCCCUUUGUGAUUUACUAGAAUUGUUAAUUUGUUCAUUCUAGUAGUUGUAGAA